CGGCAGCUGAUACCAAACGAACCAAGAACGUCCAAGCAAACGCUAGCAAACGAUCCACUCAACAUGCGUCUCCUGCUCGUCCUCUCCGUCGUCCUGGCCGUGAUCCUCGGCUGCCACGCCUACAGCGCCACCUGGGGGCGCAGGGUGAACAACGACUUCCUCCUCUCCCGCACCAGGGAAGUGCGCAACCCGAUCAAGAACAACUACUGGAACGUGAACGUGAACUACCCCGCCGGAUUCUACAACAUCUCCGCCGUGAUCGUGUACGACAACUUCAAGAACAACUCCGGCGCCUCUCCCAGCCUCUAUUCCGGCGGUCCGGGCUACCGAUUCGCCACCGUGAACCUCCGUGGCCAGGUCAACCGUGGCAUCAACUCCACCGUCGAGGUCUGGGGUCGUUAAGUGCAUCGAAAGAAUCUGUUAUAAUCGAUUAUAAUGUUACCUGUAUGAAACGAAGCAUGUUGCACGCGCAACUUAAGGCAAGAACUAAAAAUAAAAACACUAUAGUAUACUA